CAGACAGGUUGCAACCAGACAAGUCUCUUUUUCCCUCCAACAAGAUAAAUCAUGGGUUCAGAAAUGGAGUUAACCUUCACCGAAGACCUCAAACUGACUGAGGUGAUGCGUUUGAGGGUGCAGUCGCUGCAGCAGAAAAGCCAAAAGAGGCAGGAUGGGGAGCGGUUGCUCCUGCCUCAUGAAGCAGUCUACCGCUUGGACUUCAGCGAACAGGAGUUGACGUUCUCGCACUGGAACGUGACCCUGCAAGGGACAGGACGUUUCACUGUGACGGGCAUCUCACAGCUAUGGACGCCUGACCUGACCAACCUGAUGACCAGACAGCUGCUGGAACCCAUCGGCCAGUUCUGGAGGAACGCUGGCGAUCCAGAAGAUUUGCCAAUCAAAUGCUUGGAAGCAGAUAUUCAAGAGUUUGGAGAGAGGAUAGCAGAGCUGGCCAAGGUGCGGAAGGUGAUGUACUUCCUGUUCGCCUACAAGGAGGGAGCAGAAAAAGAGAAGAUCUCCUGCUCGCUAAUCUUCAAGAAAAAUGAGUGACAAUCGAAUCGACGGACACCACAGCGAUCCUAACUUCGUUUCCUAAAACCCCAGGCAGGUUAGACUGUGCAAAUCUCAUUCCUUUACAACUCUGUGAAAGCCUUUAAUGCAGUUUCUGUUCCCUACUGCAAGUGUGUUUGUAUUACAAAGCUUAGAUGCAGAAAAUGUACCAUUUAAAAUGUAGCACUGGUAUGUAGUUGUACGCAAGUUGUCCAUUUACAUUUGUCCUGCUGAGAGCAAAACCUUUCCAGAAACCAUCAAAGCAACAUUUGCAAGAUUGUUAGUUAUGCACUCAAAAAUAUUGCUGGUUGAAUCUGUCAGGUACAUGCACAAGAGUCCCAACAGUCAGAACACAUUGAAGAUCUGGGAUUCAAAAUACUAGUUUUAGGAUUUUAAAAAAAAGUUGUAAACAGAAAUGCUAUGAUUAAAAAUGCACACAAGAUUCUGCCACAUGCCAGCUUGAGUGUGCAUGCUGUCUUUAAGAUUAAUGUACAUUUUGCUAUUCAACAUUUGCUGUUAAUAUAAUUUGUGAUAUGUACUAAAUUUGGUUCCCACUGUAUACAAUCCAAAAGUCAUUGUGCUGCUUUCCAUAGUCUAUGUGAGGGCACCCUUAG